AUGUGGAGACCCGCAGCAAACGAGUACCGGGUGACGGUAUUGUUGAUUUUCGGACUGGGCACGCCCUUGCAGUUAGAUCGUGAAAGCGUUAUCGUUGGUGCAUUUACAAAAUUACUAUACGAUUUACCGUCAAAUGCAACAGACUUUACAUCACCCACGACAAUAAAUUACCGCGAUGACAAAAGUAAAAGCCGGUGGGAAAUUUACAAACAAUUUGAAAAAUUAACAUCGUUGUACGGACUGGGUGGUAAAGUUUGUCUGCUAAAAGCAAUAUGUCAAGUCGCACAUGUACCUUUUGAUCACAAUCAUAACUUACUAGGCCAACUUGUUCAAACAUUACUUACGCCCUCAAGCACUGCUGAGUCUUACGAAGAGCACGAAGAUCAGGAAUACCAUUCUGCUGAAAAACUUGGCAGGCACGUGGGUGAAUACUGCCACGCCCUUUACCCGGAAUGCUCAAGAAGUGUUUUAGACGUAUUUUCCACCACCACCGAUUUUUUUUGA